UCCAAUCCCUAAACACAAAACAAGAAUGCUACUUCACAAUCGAGCCGAUAUUAUACUCUCCCGAGAAUCUGGCAGUUGAAUACAGAUUUCCUAUCCUCUUCUAUGCAUUUGGAUUUGGAUUUGGACCCAUUUCUGCAGCCUCAUCCACAAAAAGAGUACCACCAAAGAAAAAGGCUUCUGUACUGUAGUUUUCCUUACAAUCGCGAGAAGUUUGCUUCUAACAACGACGAAACGAUCUUCAAGACUCGAAAACCGAGAACAAGAACAUGGCCGAGGUCAAACCGAGCCUAAUCGAAGCGAUCUAUGAAGACGACAAGGCUCAACUCCUAACGCACACGAAGAGGCUCUUCCAGAGCGGUUCGGAGCCCUUAGACCGGCGCGUCGUCUCGAAGCUCCUCGAGCUCUGCUGCGCGUCCGACUCGGUGGAGUGCGCCGCCGCAUUGGUGAACGGAGAGUUCGGAACGGUUCCGUUGGUGAAUGAGAUGAACGAGGCGGGGUGGUCGACGCUGCACACGGCGGCCAAAUCUCACGCGAAACGGUGCGUUGAAGUGCUGCUCAAGAAACGCGCUCGUACGGACCUGAAGACGAAGGACGGCCACUCACUGCUUCCUCUGGAGCUGUCUCUUUCUUGCAGCAGGAUGGAGGUGAUAUGGAAUCCAGAUGACUACUCCGUUGAGGACUUGGUCGUUCUUCUCACUGAAAAGGUUGGAAAACCUUCUGCUAAUUAA